AUAAUAGUAAACAAGCAGCGCAUCUCCGAUCUGCUUCAUUUAUCUAAUGCAGUGCAUUUGCUUUUAGUUUUUAGUGCGGUUGCGCCACGGCACACAGAAAUAACGCUGAAUAUCGGUCACAUAGCAUCGGAGAAUGAACGCAUCCACACAGGCACCAAUUAAUCGCCGGACCGCGCCACUAUCACACUGGACUCGCCGCCGGCGCACGCGUCUGCGCAACGGGAUCUCGCGAGAGGAAAGCGCGCGAACGCACGCGGGAAAACAAUAACCGAAUUCUAUUUUUUCCAUUCCGGCCAGACGUUACACGCUUAGUGAUUGUCAUUAUUUCUAUAUUCGUUCAAAACGUAUUAACUUAUUGCAUUAAAAUCCAGUGCGCGAAACAAAAAGUGUUACUUAAAUAAAAAAUACCUAAGCGAAACAUGUAAUCGGAAAGGUCAGCGGCUGACGUUUUCGUAACAAUUAGGAAGAAAAUGUCGCGAUAACCGCGCCGAGUGCAAAUGUCGGCGAUACGGCUAUCACUGCGCAAGCGCCGGCUGCGCGGUCCCUCGCUUAAAUGGAGUUCUGAUACAGGCGUGUGUCCUGUACAGUUAGUUGCAUUUGAGUGGCGUUAAACCGUGGUUCGCGGAAACCGUCGGUUGAUUCAUACACCGGUUUAUCAGCAGUAUGUCGUGCGAAGUGGCAAGUUGGAUCCCGGCCGCGGUCGCGAGCACACUGCGCGGCGAGCGCGCCUCCCAGCCCGUGCUCGCGUGGCUCACGAACAUCCGCGCCACCACCGAGGAGUACGACCCCCUCGUCGUGGUGCGGCCACCGUCACCCCAACACUCCGACUCCCCGGCGUCAGAGGACUCGGAACACACCGAACCCUCCACCAGCCCCGACAGCGCCUUCGACGAAAUCCUCUCGCAACUCGGCAAAGAAAUAUUCAAACUCGACGAGUAUCAACGCAACUUAGUCCCCAGUGAGCGGGACUCGGUGGUGUCUCUUAGCAUCCUCAACAUUUUCGACAAAUGUUUGGAAGGCAUGCAGGACACUGAAACAAACGAACAGGAUAAACUAUUGUUAGAUGAGGAAGUGAAACUAGUGAACGGUGUUACCGCGGCGGACAGUGACGCGGAGUCCUCGCUGUCGGAUGUCUCGUUCGUUACCAGUACUCCGGCUAAAAGUGACAAAGUGGCUGACGUAAACGGUGUGAUCGACAACGCAGCGCGCGCGCCGCCAGUGCCGCCGCGACGAACUAGGUUAAAAACACCCUCCUCACCAUCAUCUGUUUACGAUAACAUGGAGGUAAAGACUGAAAAUACGGUGGUGGAAGUGGCUAAGCGUUUGGACUCGGACAGUGAUUCUGAGAGCACGUGUUGGAGUUACAAGGAGUGCAGUACAGACGGUGAAGGUGACGGUAAAGACUCGUACGCGGCGGUGUGGUCCCACUCGUCGGGGUUCCACAACUCCGACGAGAUCUUGCGACGCGUGUUAUCGCAGCACUACGCGACGAUAUCGCGCAUAUCGUUCGACACGACAAGCGACUUCUCGCCGACACAGUACUCGGUGUACUCGCUGCAGGAGGUGGGAGACAGGUGCGCGUGCGCCGGCGGGCCAGUCGCCGCCAUGACGCCGGACAAGCCGACCGACGACGGCUACGAGCCCGUGCGCGACGCGAUCACCGACGAGAACAUUUACGAAGAAAUAGAAUACGGAUGCAGUUACACCGACGAGGGUUGCUCGUGCGGCGGCAGCGUCGAGGUGGAGAGCAUCUCGAUUAGUGCUAGUUCUGAGGGUGUAGGGCGGGACAGCCCCUUAUACGCGAAUUUAAGGGACCACGACGCGUACGCCGUUCCUGCUGACGUGAUAUUCUGGAAGAACUUACUCCUGGACCCGUACUACAACGAUGAUGAAGAGGACGAGUGGAUAACCCCUGAGGAGUGCGCAGUGUACAGUCGCGAGCAGCGGCCCCCCCUCGUGAUCCCGCGCAUCACGCAGUACCGGCCCCCCCGGCGGGACAUCCGCGCCACCCCCACCAACUCUUACACUGAAGAGAGUCCAAUCCCAGAGUCAGCGUCGAUCAAGUCCUCAGUUCGUCAAUAUGAGCAGCUGCAGGACUGGAGCCCUACUUCGGAGAGGAGUCGCAUGGAGUUGGAGCGAGGGUUCAGCAAAGCCAGUUCUGAUAGCCCGCCGUUCGUCAGGCUCAAUAAGAGAUUUGGAGGCUCAACAGAGAACCUUCUCCACGCGAACAGAAGGCCAAACCACCUCCAACUACCAGCUUCAUCUUCUGGAGACAGUUUGGACGUGGAGGUCAGGGACCGGGAGCCAGGGUACGCGAGGAGUCGCAAAUCCAGGUCCAUGGUGGCUCCGAAGCAUCGGAUGCGGUCCCCUGUGCCUGCGCCUCGGAUGAUGAUGCCUCAUGCUGCUGAGGCUACAGUCCUCCUGGAGGGUCCAGUGAAACGCACCAAGUUCUCGGAGAGCGGCAAGAAGAGCCGCAAGAACUGGCUCGACUGCUACAUGAUCCUCACCCCAACGGCGCUGGUCUUCUACAAGGACCAGAAGACCUACUACGCCACUAAAAUGCCUCGGCCCCCCGGCACGCCCCCGAGCCCAACAGCCCCGCGUGCGGAGCUGGUGCUGCCACUGAGGAACGCCCACAUCAUGCAGUGCAUACAGAUGCAUACUAGGAGGUACACGAGAUCCCUGGUGCUGACAGUGGGCUACGACCAGUACCUCCUCCAGGAUGAGACGGAGGAGGGAGCCAAGCGGUGGCUCAAGUGUAUACAGAACGUUUAUUACAAACUGGGCCCACCGAAGGUAGACGAGUACCCCCCACAGUACCAGAGCAGCAAUACGGAUCUGGAGAGCCUAGGCCGCACCCCCCCUGUCUCCCGACACGCCAACCGGAACCAACAGAAAGCCGGUGGCAGUAGCAACGAAGACCUCAGUGAUUCAACGGAAGUUUCCAUCCCAAAGUCGCAUGUGAAAAGAAGAUUGCGAAAUUUCUUCGCAAAACGACCAACAAUGGAUUCUCUAGUGAAGAAGGGGAUCUACCAAGAGGAGCCAGUGUUCGGCCGUAAGUUGGAGGAGGUUUGUCCAGCUGCCAGCCCCAGGGUACCGGAGUUCGUUGUGGCCUGCGUCAGGGAAAUUGAGAGCAAUGAGGAGAACAUGUGCACUGAUGGACUGUACCGCGCCAGCGGGAACCUGAGCCAGGUGCAGAAGAUACGCUUGGAGGUGGAUCAGAACAACCUGUCGGUGAUAGAGAACAGCACUGACAUCCACGUGCUGACGGGAUCGCUGAAGCUGUUCUUCCGCGAGUUGAAGGAGCCCCUCAUCCCUUGCUCCAUGUUCGACCGGGUCCUCGCCGCUUGUUCAAUAAAACCAAGAGAGUCGAAGAUCAAGGAGUUCCGGGACAUCGUUCACUCACUGCCGCAGUGCAACCGGGAGACCCUCAAAUUCCUACUCGAACAUCUACUCAGGGUAACACAGUUCAGCGAACGGAACCGCAUGCAUACGGCAAACCUGGCCAUCGUGUUUGGCCCCACCCUGCUCUGGGCCCCAGCAGAGCAAGCUCACAACAUCGCCAUCGACUGUAUACAACAGAACCACGUCGUCGAGAUCCUCCUAAACGAAUUCAAAGACAUCUUCGAAGACAACAAGGCUAAGAAGAAAACGUGAUUAUUAAUGUCGCUAAGGAAUUAUUAAGCUCUAUAUUGUCAAGUACAUCUUCGAGUGAAAAACGGGAUUAUAAACAGUCGAGAGACUACAGUCCCCAAAGUACUGAUAAAGGAUAUAUAUAAGAAGCCUUAACUACUUCUGUGUAAAACAAGCAGAUUAUGCUGAAUAUGGACACGGGAAAUUUAAAAACACAAAAACAAUAUUGCUGAUGCAUAACAUAAGUUCGACUAAGUAUAUCCCAAUUGAAGUGGUCAGAGGUACAUCCAUCGCAAGAUGAACUACGUACCCAUACCUCACCGGGCUUUCUGUACCAACGUGAUAGGUGAGCCGUAUCGCUGACUAUCGCUGUUGCGAAUUCUUAAUUUUACUCGAUUACUCUCUAGGAAGACAGUGAACUUAUUUUUACAAAUUUAAAGCGAAAAGUAGAGUACAGACAACUAAACAACACGCCUAAUUUCAAUCAUGAUGAUACAUCACAAAACCAGAUAGAAGAGAGAACAUACGAAGACAAUGGACUUAAGAGCUCAUACUUUCGGAAAGUGUAUUUUUUUAAGACUAUAAAGGCACAUAAAAAGUGCCACAGUUUAUCGAUUAGUCGAAUAUUUUGUAUAUAUAGAAACAGACAUUUUGUGAUAUGAAUGAAUGGACAGAUAUAUACAUAGAACUCUGUUAUAAUAUAUGAUCUCUAUCGCUUUCAAUUUAGAUGAAAACUUUAUAAAAUAUUGGUGGUAUCCUUAAUAUAUAUACUAAAUUAAUACAAUAGACGUUAUGAAAAUUGUCCAAAAUGUUACAUGCAAAAGUGUUGUGAUUGUGAAGAAAUAUACGGAAAGACUGUUUGAGGCUCUAGAUGUUAGUUUAAAGAUUGCGCUUGCGUGAUUUAGAUGUUAAUAUAUGCUAAAAUAGUCCCAAAAUGUGCAUAUAUGCCUUAGAUUUCCUUUAAAGGUGCAAAUCUGGAUUAAGUAAAAGAAGAUAUAUAAAUUAUAUAUUGGUGCCAAAAGGUGGUUUUAUGCUACGUUUUGUUAUAUUAAAUAUUCGGGGUUGAAAUUGUAUUAUAUUACCUCGAUUUUAUCCUUGAUAAGUGGCAAGACACUUUCAUUAAAAUGACAGUUACUUUGAAAUAUUUUUACCAUUUCUUUUACCAAUGAUUAUCGGCAAAUAUUCAUUUAAUCACACUGACAAUCAAGUACAUCUUGUUUCAAUUAUAAUGAGGUACCUGUGUGCUCCUACGCUAUAUAUUUUUUAUUUCAUAAUCGCCCCCGAUGACGUUCAGUUAUGGCCGACUACUGUUUUAUACUUAACGUCAUAAGGGAUCCAUUUUGCUUCAGUCCAAGUUUCAUUUAAUUUAAGAAAGUUUUCUUGCAUGUGUAUCAUUCUUUUUAAUAAUAGUUUCAGAGUUAUUUAGGGGCCAAAUUGUGUAUAUAAAAUGAGUCCUAAUCCUUUUACGUAAGGCUCAAAGCCAGUCGUGUAGUGCCUUAAGUAACUUGAUCAUUUUAUGCCGUAAUAUUUUAUCUGUAGCCGUCGCAUGGACGUAUAUGACGCGCGACGCCAUAAAUAAAUAUGCGAUAAACAAAGUGACGCGAGAUAUGCGGUGUUCGUGCUACAGCUAUUGUAUGCAUGAAUAUUAUGUGUUGUUUAAAAGCCCCAAUGGACAGAUUUUUAAUGAUCAAGUUAAUAGUUACAGAACAACACAGUUUAGUUUCAAAAGAUUGCGUUGAAAGAAACGGUUUGACGAUAAUUAACUUACAUUACUGUUUUUAUAUAUCUUUGGCUCAGUUAUUAAGGAUUUAAAUAAUGUCGUGGCCAGAUCUUAGAAUUGAUCAUUUCAUGAUGUGUUCGACCAUUUCAUGAAAUGGUCAUAUUUCAUGAAAUAGCCAAUUUAAGUUGACCGUAUUGUUGAAACAUCGACAUUUAAUGAUAUUUCAAUCAAUGUUUGGCCAUAUCGUUAAUGCAGGCGGUGUCCAUGUUAUGUGGUGUUAUAAAAAUGCGAAUAGUCGAUUAAUUUAUUUACCUACUCGAUAUGGAAAAUUGUACAAAUUACAUUCAUUCAUCGAUUAUAAUAACAAACAAGUUUUAAAUAUAAUUAUCACCAGCGCCACUACCGGUGGAUAUUGUUACUAAUUUUACGAUAUGAUUGCCAACGUUUGGCCAUAUCAUGAAAUAAUUAUGCAUUAGUUGCUCAGAUCGUUAAACGUUUUGUGUUCAUUGAUCUGGCCAAACUACAUCAUGAUGUGGCCAACGAAUGAUUUUUUAUUUAAUGAAAUGAUCAAUUCUAAGAUCUGGCCACAUAAUAAUAUACAUAAUAGUUUUAUUUAAAUGCGUCUUAUUAUAUAGUCAUGAAACUAAAAAGGCCGCGGCAGAACACAGCCUUUUUUUCUUAGUACAUUCUAAGAUCGUAUUUUUUUCAUAUCUUGUUUCAUACUUUGUGAACUUAAUUUGUGUUGUACUGUAAAUAGGUACGUCUGUAAAUAGUCAUCAUAGAUGAUUGAUUUCUGUUAUGUGAUAAGUAUCAUGGUAGAAUAACUUUAGGUAUAUUUAUUUUUUUGUCAUCUUUGUUAUCAAAUGUCCCAAAAAUUCAUUAAUUGUUCCAUUGAACACUUUCGAUUUGUCUAAGUCUUUAAUAAAUGCCGUUUAAAGAAACACACAAACAAAUUUGUAUUAAAUAAAUAAUAUCAAAAAAUAAAUUACAAGAUUACUAGAAGCAGGUACCUAGACGCGACAAGUAUUAGCAGGGUUCGACAAAUAGACGCUGCGAGUUUAUCUACGUAGACAUCAUACUGUGUUAUAUUCAAUUUGACAGUGUAAGUCGAGGCGCUCCCCGUUUGAGAAGCAAGCCGGUAUAAAUUUUAUUCCCAAUUGGGUAAUCAGACGUACGUCGAUUGCAUGAUGUACUAAGCACCUAAGCCUCACCAGUUUCUAUUAGACCAAUGUGAUGGGUUCAUAACUCUAGUUAUUCUACCAUGAAAACCAUGUUAAUGUUCCCUUAUUUGAAUGUGUUUGGAAGUGACGAUCUAGUCUGUAGAUUGUUGAGUCGGACUUUUAGAGUAGAAUGGAAUGCGAACCAAAAUGUACACGUAUUGUAUGCACGGAACAGAAGAAUGAGGUUGGAAAGGCCCUAACGCGCAUUUUGUAUGAGAACCGCUGUCGCCGGUUCAACCCCACUCUCUUUUUCUACUACUCCUGCAAACAGAUAACUACGAUAGCUCUACUGCUUUUCAAAUUCCAUAGCCACUUCACCGACAAUGUACCUAUAUUUUAUGUGAUAGGAACCAAUUUUGUCAUUACUUUUCGUAAGAUACUGCACACAAAAGAUUUUUCUUUUUGAUAAAUAACAGAUCAUACUAAGGUUUUUACCUUUUCUGUGCCCUGUAGGUUAUAAUGCACAUGACGACCUUUUGAUAUGCUAUCGUGAAGCUCCGUGCAACGUAAAGUUUGUGGACGAGUGGAGUGCAAAGUUGAAGUAUGAACUAUUUGCUCAUACUUGUAGGUAUAUGCGUAUUUCGGGCUCACUUGGCCUUUCCAACGUCUUUCUACUAUUCCAUGAUUGUAUGCAUAUGCUUAGCAUUCUCUAAAUAUAGGAUUAAUUAGUAAAAAGUUAAAAACGAUUCAGUAAAAAGGGCGUCAUUUUAUACGUGGCAUAUAGGCCAAGUAAAUAGGCAUGCAUGCCUAACCUGUGUUUAAAAGCCGUCGUAAAUAGUUCGUAUGUUUUGGUUCGUACAAUAUUUAUGUAUUAAAAGUUAAUCCAGAAAAAUUAAAUACUCAAGACGUCUUAAUAAAGUAACACCAAUUGUAAUCGUUAAAUUAAUAUAAAUUGUAAUAUAUAAAAUCUUAUAAGCUAGAAACCAAAGUUUUAUAUUUUUGGCUGAAAAAGUUUAUCUAUAUAGAAUAUAUUUGUUGUGUAGUCUGUUUUAAUAGUUAUAAUGCCAACGCUUGGUAAUAGACAAUCAAGUUACAUGAAAUAAUAAUCACUUAUUUCAAAAUUA